UGAUCAUGUCAAGAAAAAUUGACAGUGUGUUGUGGACCUGUGUUGAGAGUGCUUGGCGCACUAGCAGACAUAUGGCCCCACGGUCAUCACUUCCUCCACCACCUUCCUUCCACCCCUAGCUACAUCUUACCUCCCCUUUCCCUCCUAAUUCCUGUACUUCUAGUGCUGGUGCCCGGUAUUUUUCUUCUUGUCUCCUAUACUGUAACGCAUUCUGGUUUCUUCUCUUUAAAAAAAGCACACUUCUUUAACCUUUUCUUGAAUCUUGAAAAUUCAAAGACUGUAUCUUGAUGAUGGAAGGCUGUCUUGGUUUACUUGGUGGCGGUGGUUCUUCUGGGGCCUCCACGAAUAAGUCCACACUGUCAAAAGUGGAGGUGAUCGAGGCUGAGGCAAGUUCAUAUCCAGUGGAGGCUGAGCUAGAGUUGGGUCUGGGGCUGAGUCUUGGUAGUGGUGGAGGAGGAAAGGGUAAGGCAAAUGCAUGGGGUGAGUGUGGUAGAAUCUUGACUGCCAAGGACUUUCCUUCGGUGGUCUCUCAGCCUCAAAGGCCCAACAACAACAACCCUAUGCCUUCUACCUGUGUUGUUGGUGCUGUUUCUGGGACUAAGAGAGCUGCUGACUCUGUCUCCCAUGAGGGUGGAUCCCCUACUGCUGGCAGUCAGGUUGUGGGGUGGCCUCCUAUAAGGGCUUAUCGGAUGAAUAGCUUGGUGAGCCAAGCAAAGGCUGCGAGAGCUGAAGAAGACAAGGGAAUUGGUGAGAAGGAUAAAUCUAAGGAGAAUUUGAAGAAGAAAAUCUGUAAUGGUAACAAGACCAAUGCUACUGGUAAUGAAAAGGGGCAUCUUGGAUUUGUCAAGGUGAAUAUGGAUGGAGUUCCAAUUGGAAGGAAGGUAGAUUUGAAUGCCCAUGCUUGUUAUGAAACAUUAGCCCAGGCAUUAGAGGAAAUGUUCUUCAGGUCCACCACCACUAUCAAUUCCAUCGGUGGACAGAAGCAACUAUCGAAGCUCUCUAAGCUAUUGGACGGGUCGUCUGAGUUUGUGCUCACUUAUGAAGAUAAAGAGGGAGACUGGAUGCUCGUGGGAGAUGUUCCUUGGGGGAUGUUCCUCACCUCUGUAAAAAGGCUUCGAAUCAUGAGGACCUCAGAGGCCAAUGGACUUGCUCCAAGACUCCAGGAUAGGAAUGAGAAACAAAGAAGCAAGCCUGUUUAGCCGCUGCUGCCUCAUCAUUUUAAACUCCUGUAACAUGGAGACACUCACUGCUUGAAAACAGAUAGAAAAGUUGAUGAAUCAGAAUAUUUGCUAAGAUUGUUCCUUCUUUUUACUGUUUUAUCGGGUUUUUGCUGAACCAGUAUCUGGUUCUAGCUGGUUUUUGGUUUUUGUAGGCGAUAUUCAUUUUAGCUUCUUUUUUUUCAUCUUAUGUGGUGCUGCCAAACCGGCAUCGCACACUUGACUGCUUCUCAUACUGUAAAUAUGGGAGUACUUGAUAUCUAGAGUGGAGUUUGCUGAAAUCUAGUGGACUCAGUUUAGUGCU